AAUGCAAAAAUGAAAACUAACCAAACAAGGUCUCUCGUGGGUAAGUGUUUUGUCUCUCUCUCUCCUCCCCUCCAUCAUCUUCCUCUUCUUCUCUCUCAACUCCCAUCGCCAGACACUUGCCGGACCACAAGCCGAACAACUUCCCGGAGGGCUCCGAAUCAGACCCGGAUUCUCUUCUUACGAAGCAUACAUAGAGCGCCAGCUCAACGAGACCCUGAAUCCAAAGCUCCGAAAAGUAUGGACGACCCGAGACUGGGACGGAAGAUCCGGGUGUUCGCGGACUUUUUCGCUGUGCUAGAGCAGAGAGGCCUGCUCUUCAAUGAGUCAAAGGCUCUGUGCAUCGGGGCUCGGGUCGGACAGGAGGUAGAGGCACUAAGGCGAGUCGGUGUGUCGGACUCCGUAGGCAUUGAUCUGGUUCCAUACCCACCCUUGGUUUUGCAGGGCGACUUUUCUCCAAUGUCUUCGACCACGCGCUCUACCCCAAUAAGUUCGUCGAGGAGAUUGAAAGGACGCUGA